AUGGAACAAGUUAGUGAAACGGUUUUAAAUGUUACCUGCGCGACGUGCGCAAAGUCUAACGAUGAACCAGCAAUACAGUGCGACUUUUGCGAUAAGUGGUUUCACUACAAGUGCGUGAAUGUGGACAAAAUGGCGGAAACGAGGGCAUGGUGGUGUCCAGGUUGUGACGCGAAGUGCAAAGUGGCUAACGAUGCGACGGAGGACGAAUUGACGCGCCUGAGGCAGGACAUGGAGACUCUCAAAGCAACUACGGAAAGUGCGGUUAGACUGCUGCGGGAAAAGGAUGCGGAACUAGCUCGGCUUCGUAACGGCCGUGAGCGAACCUCGUUUUCGUUAGGGGAACCGCUUCCAAGCUCAACGGCGAAACGGAUUUCAGUGACCGACGAUUGUGAACUGAGCCAGAGCCAAAUAGCAGCCCGCCAAGCUGUAAAAUCCGAACUUCCUACGUUCAGUGGAGACCCCGAGGGAUGGCCGUUAUUCUUAUCUACUUUCAGAAGGUCUACCCGAACGUUUGGCUUCAGCGAAGACGAAAACAUCCUUCGGCUGCAAUCGGCCCUGCGCGGAAAGGCUUUACGCAUGGUGCAAAGCCGUCUCCGCCACACGGACCACCUGGAUGAAAUAAUUGACGCGCUGGAAAAGGCUUAUGGACGAGCGGACGUGCUCGUUAACACCUUACUUGAACAGAUUCGUGAGGCGCCACCGAUAAAAACUGAGAAACUUGAUAGCUUUAUUGAAUUCGGUGAGUUGGUAGCAGAAAUCUGCGCGACGGUUAAGUCAAGCGGGAACGCUGAACGGCUUUACGACGCGUCGUUGUUGCAAGAGCUGGUGGACCGAAUGCCGGCUUAUCUUCGCUGGAGCUGGGGCAUGCAUAGUUUGGAGUUAAAGCGCAUCACGCUUACAGAGUUCAGCGCCUGGGUUCAAAAGGCAACUGAUGGAGCAAUGGCGGUCACUCCCCCUCAGCCGAAGAAGAAAGCGUCCACGCGACAGGUUCACGCGCAACACGUGGAGAGCCACGUGGUCCAGAACAGUAAACCUCGUGCAUGCAUGAUUUGCGACAGUGACUCGUGUAACACGAUUGGAGAGUGUACGGCGUUCAAUAAACUGAGUGUUUCAGCUAGGUGGGACAAGGUACGUAGUCUAAAACUAUGCAAAAGGUGUUUAGGCAAGCAUUACGGCUCUUGCCACGUACACGACGAAUGUGGAUUGCAAGGAUGUGUUGCAAAGCAUCACCGUAAAUUGCAUCGCGUUACCGGUGAGGAGCGGAAAGCCGAAGUGAACCAUCAUGGAACGGGAACGGACCACACGCUGUUACGAUACGUUCCGGUAAAGCUACAUGGAGAGAAGGGUCCGAUCUACACUUACGCGCUGCUGGACGAAGGGUCGACGGUGACGCUGAUGGAGCAGGGGCUGGCCCGACAAAUGGGAGUUCACGGCGUUCCCGAUCCAAUGUGCUUACAAUACAGUGCCGGACAGCGACGAGAUGAACGUGAAUCGGAAAGAGUGACGGUGAAGGUAUCCGGUAUUCAAGCAAGUGCGUCUGUCUACCCGAUGGCCAACGUGCGUACAGUCGGCAAGCUAUCACUGCCUAGCCAAUCAGUGAACACGGACGAGCUCAAGCAAAAGUUUGAACACCUGAAGGCGAUUCCGGCACCAUCAUACAAAGAUGUUUCACCUCGAAUGCUAAUUGGUAUUGACCAUUACAGGUUAACGCGCCCUUUGAAGACGAUAGAAGGAAAGUCAGGACAACCGACCGCAACGAAGACGCGACUGGGAUGGCUCAUUUUCGGUAUGUGCACAGAUCGUGAUAACGAAGCGAAUAUAGUGCAGCCUGAGUCAAGCUACCACAUCUGUGAUUGCCAAGGAGUCACAUCAAAGGCAGAUCGUAUGAUGGCAGCGUAUUUUGAGGUUGAAGGUUAUGGUCCUGCAAAACCGCCAUUACUCUCAAAGGAGGAUCAACGGGCAAUGGCGUUACUUAAAACCAGCACUCGACAUAUCGAUGGGCGGUACACGACAGGUUUGCUCUGGCGAGCCGAUAACGUAUUCAUGCCGGAAAAUCGCCACAUGGCACUGUCUCGACUAAAGUGCCUUGAAAGAAAAAUGAUUGAGGAUAAGCAUCUAGCUGAGGAAAUUAAUAGAAUUAUCAAGGACUACGUAACGAAGGGUUACGUGCGACAAGUAACGGAUGAAGAACUUAAGACGUUUUAUCCGAAGAAGUGGUAUUUGCCUGUGUUUCCCGUCACUAAUCCAAACAAGCCGAAGAAAAUCCGAUUGGUCUGGGAUGCUGCUGCUGAGGUGAGGGGUGUCUCACUUAACAAGAAGUUGCUGACCGGACCAGAUCUGCUGACCCCACUGCAAGCUGUGCUGUUUCGCUUUCGUGAAUACAAAAUCGGCGUGGCAGCUGACAUUAGGGAAAUGUACCAUCAGGUGCAAAUCGACGGCGAUGACAUACAUAGCCAGCGUUUUUUGUGGCGAUGGGGAAACACCAACGUGGAACCGCAGGAAUAUGUCAUGUUAAGAAUGACAUUCGGUGCAGCGUGCUCUCCAUGUACAGCACAAUACGUAAAGAACGAGAAUGCCGAGCAGUAUCGCUCGCAAUAUCCUCGAGCAGUACAAUGCGUUACGGAGGAACACUACGUGGACGACCUGCUAACGAGUGUGGAAACGGAAUCAGAAGCAACCGAACUUGCGCAUCAGGUGCCACUACAUGAGUCGUCUCUUCAACUUCACGUGUUCGUUGAUGCGGGUUCCGAUGGAUACGCGGCGGUUGCAUAUUUCCGCUUUGAGUAUAAAGGAAAAAUAGAAGUGGUCCUGGUUGGAGCGAAAGCUAGAGUCGCACCCCUGAAAUACUUAUCGGUACCUAAAUUAGAAUUACAGGCCGCUGUCAUGGGAUGCAGGUUAGCUACAGCUAUAGCAAAUGCUCAUCGACAGACGAUCCAACGUUAUCGUUUCUGGACGGACUCGACCGAUGUGAUUGACUGGAUAAACGCGGACCAUCGCAAGUAUUCGAUUUUCGUCGCACACAGGAUUGCUGAAGUGCUGGAGACGACUUCCAAGGACGAAUGGCGAUGGGUCCCAACCACAAUGAAUGUAGCCGACGAAGCGACCAAGUGGACCAACCUGAAGAAUCAUCUAGCAUCGAAGCGGUGGUUCCAUGGGCCUGAGUUCCUGCACCUACCUGAAGCAGAAUGGGACAUCCCGCAACGGAUGCCAUCGGAGACCCGCGAAGAGAUGCGGAAGAAAAAGCUACCGAAGCUAGUUGGAACUCAAACAGUGCGUCAGGAGUUCAUCGCCUACGAGAGAUUUUCACGUUGGACGCGUCUCGUGCGGACAGUCGCCUAUGUGUGCCGGUAUGUAAACAUUGUUACCAACGCUAAUCCUCUUGCGAUAGGUUCACUCACUCACCAAGAAGUACAAGCGGCCGAAAAGGUGAUCGUGCGAGACGUACAGAGAAACGUGUUUCCCGAUGAGUACGCACUAUUGAAAAAACAUAGGGAUAAUCCUACUGUGACGUCAUGGAAGGGUCUGAUACCCCGAAACAGCUCCCUAUUUAAACGAAACCCUUACAUGGACGAGGAGGGCCUGCUGAGGCUAUGUGGACGGAUCGAUCGUUGCCGUUUUGUGGAUGCGUCGACGAAGCGUCCUAUCAUUCUACCCAGGCAGCACUAUGUGACAGAGUUGAUAGUAGAUGAUAUCCAUCGUAAAUACAAACACGGUUGCCAGGAAACGGUAGUAAACGAGCUGAGGCAACGAUACGAUAUACCAGCGCUUCGAUCGGUGUGUAGACGCGUUCGCUCGCAUUGUAGAACUUGCAUGUUACUAUACACGCAACCGGUAACGCCGCAAAUGUGCGAACUGCCCGCUGCCAGACUAGCUGCCUUUUCACAACCUUUCUCUUAUACGGGAGUCGAUUACUUCGGUCCGCUGUUGGUGACGAACGGUAGAAGAACGGAAAAACGCUGGGGCGUUUUGUUUACGUGUCUGACGGUCCGAGCCGUCCACAUCGAGGUGGUGCGAUCUUUGUGUACAAGCGAUUGUCUAAUGGCUGUUCGUAGCUUUAUGGCGCGUCGCGGAAUACCAACCGAAAUCAUCUCUGACCGGGGCACAAAUUUUGUAGGUGCCGAUAGAGAGUUAAAAGAAGCAGCAGAACGUGUUAACACAGCGAUCCUCAGCGAAUUCGGUCCUCCCGAUCCAGCGUGGAAGUUCAACCCUCCGGCAGCCCCACACUUUGGCGGAUCCUGGGAGCGAAUGAUUCAAUCGGUCAAGCGAAUGCUAGCUCGUACGCUCAUGGAGAGGCAUCCAACGGAAGCAGUGCUAACGGCUACCCUCAUCGAAGUCGAGAAUAUGUUAAAUUCACGGCCGCUCACCCACGUUCCUGUUGAUGGUGAGGAUGAAGAACCAUUAACUCCCAAUCAUUUCUUGUUAGGCUCUUCCGCAGGAAUGAAACCGUUGGUUAAGCACGAUGACUCGCCCGCAAACUUGCAACAUAAUUGGAAGGCUGUGCAGGCAAGGGCUAACGCAUAUUGGAAGACAUGA